AAAGAAAAUGUCGUUUCUGUUUUCCUCUUCCCUCCAUCUCUUACCGCCAUCAAAUCCUGCAACUUCCUUCUCUCACCACCUUCCUCCACGUAUCGCCGCGGUUCCGUCAUCUCAUCCGGUCGGCGGCGUCUUCUCUUUAGCUGCAACUUCUCUGUCUCAUUAUCCCGACGGUCACUCUCGCUGUGGACCGCUUUACUGCUCCUCUUCCGCAUCAAUGUCGGUCGAGGAAUCCACUUCAGCUUCUCAGUUGGAAGAUAGCUUGUUGUACGCGAGAGCUUUUUGGGUGAGCAGAUAUGUGAUAGCGUGGAAUGUGGAAGUUGGAAGCGGUUCGUGCUAUCUGUUUGGCAGUAAAAUGGCUACUCUGCGUGUUAAAGAUGGUGUAGUCGAAGGUUACGACGUGAAGAUUAAGCUGGAAAAAGACCGUGGCCCGCUUCCAGAAAAUGUACUCAGGAACCACCAUUUGAUGUGUUUAGCACUCACUGUCGACAUAAGACAUGUUACAGAUAUCGAACUUCUGGAAAAACUUCCUCCAGAUUCAGCUGAACAACAAUCAUUAAUUGCAGAUAUCCAAAACAGCGAUGGGUAUAACUGGGGGUAUAAUCCUAUUCUGUGGGGAGUACCUAAAGGAAGCUAUGCUAGUGAUCCUAAUGGUCCUUGUCGUUUAAUUGAGUUCAGAAAGAUGGUUCAGGCACUUAACCAAAUUGGCCUUCGUGUUGUGUUGGAUGUUGUCUAUAAUCAUCUACAUGGAUGUGGACCUUUUGAUCCAAGUUCUGUUCUUGAUAAGAUUGUACCGGGUUACUAUUUGAGGAGGAACAUUGAUGGUUUCAUUGAGAACAGUACCUGUGUAAAUAACACUGCCAGUGAGCAUUUUAUGGUUGAACGCAUGAUUGUGGAUGAUAUCUUACAUUGGGUAGUUGAUUAUAAGGUUGAUGGAUUUCGGUUUGAUCUUAUGGGGCAUUUGAUGACAAGUACUAUGUUGAAAGCAAAAAACGCACUGCAAAUAUUAACACAGGAAAAGAAUGGAGUUGAUGGUUCAAGUAUCUACCUAUAUGGUGAAGGAUGGGACUUCGGCGAAGUUGCAAAAAAUGGUCGUGGAGUAAAUGCAUCACAGUUCAAUCUUUUUGGAACUGGAAUUGGGAGUUUUAAUGAUCGAGUUCGAGAUGCAAUGCUUGGUGGAUCUCCAUUUGGUCAUCCUCUUCAGCAAGGAUUUGUGACUGGUCUAUUGCUCGAGCCUAAUGAUCAUGAUCAUGGUUCAGACAAAGAAGUGGAAUUCACGCUUGCUGUGUCAAAGGAUCAUAUUCAG